AAAUAAAAAAAAAAGUUUUUGAGGUUAGAAAUAAUUGUUGAUAAUUUUUUAUCAAUUAAAAAAAUAUUUAAUUGUUAAAAUGUCAUUAAUAAUUAAAUUAAGAUGCAUGACAAGGAAUUUAUCCUGCAAUUUGAAUCAGCUGACAGUCCAAAGUAGAAAAUUUGAGAUAUUAAGACCAAGAAAUCUGAGAUGUUUCUCCAGCAAGACGGAAGAAAGCGACCUGGAGGAGAUCCACGAAGGAGGAUUGACAAAAGUGAUCAAAGGAGUGAAGAUUUUCUCCCUGAGCACCUCUGCAGCGACACUCUUGAUCCAGCCGUUUAUUAUUCCGACGGCUCUUCAGUCUGGAGGCAUGGGAGCUGCCGCGGGUCUUGCUGUGUCUUUUGGAAUGUUUGCGGUUUUAACGCCCAUGUUUUUGCACAUCUUCGCCGGGCGGUAUGUCACUGAUAUUCAUUAUGAUAAAAAGAGGGACUUGUAUAUUGCCAGCACUUGGAGUAUUUUUCUACGCAAGAAAAAGUUUGAAUUUACACCAAAAGACGUAGAAAAACCAGGCUUGGCGCAAUUACUCACUACAGUUCUCGUAAAAGGACGACCUAUGUUCUUCAUCCUUGAAGACUUCUCAGACCUAAGACACUACGAAUUAAUAAUGGGCUACGACAAACCUAUGGACUUUGGGUUCGAAAAAUCUUUAGAAAAUUCCGAGCCAGUCGAGGAGAAAAUAAAAGUAAAGAAGGCUAACUAAAGUUAUUUCAUAAUAUAUAUCUAAAGUUAAUUAAUUAAUAAAUAAUAAAUAAUAAUAAUAGACUAAGUAUAAUAAAGAUCGAGAUGACAACUUUAUCUAAAGCCCUAAAAAAGUAUGUACAGCUUAUUUUACAGUAGUCAUGUUGCAUAAAAAAACUUAAAAGCUAGUAAGUUGAGAUCACAGUUUCAACUUCGAAAUAAGUUUGACGUUGUGUGAUUUAAUGUCUACACGGAGAAAAUAAAAAAUCAAUGAUUACUGUUUCGUA